UUGCAACACUUUGCCUCCAGGAUGAGCAAAGGGAUGCUUCUCUUCUUCUUCUUCGUCGCUCUUGCCGGGUCUGUUUGCCCCGAAGAAGUUAAACCUAAGAACAUAUUUAUCUUAGCGGGGCAAAGCAACAUGGCUGGACGUGGAGGUCUAAACACGCCGAAAUGGGAUGGUAAAAUCCCUUAUGAAAGCAAUCCCAAUCCAAACAUUCUCCAACUAGCUUUAGACAAGAGUUGGGUGCAAGCUCAUGAGCCCCUUCAUGCGGGAAUUGACUAUGGUAAGACUGUAGGCAUUGGACCUGGAUUGCCUUUUGCUAAUGCAAUCUUGGCCAAGGACCCUAGCUUUGGGGUGAUUGGUCUGGUUCCUUGUGCAAAAGGAGCAACUAAGAUCAAGCAAUGGGCUUUGGGGACUAAAUUGUACACAAGGUUAGUGGAUAGGGCAAAGGCCUCGUUGCAAAGUGGAGGGAAAAUUCAAGCACUUAUUUGGUAUCAAGGUGAGAGCGAUACAAAUGAGAAAGCGGAUGCAGAGUCAUACAAGAGCAGAUUGGAGAAAUUGUUCCAAGAUUUUCGACGUGAUCUGAACGCUCCUGACCUCCCCAUAAUCAUGGUUGCGAUUGCAUCAGCAGAAGGCCCCUUAAUGGAAACUGUAAGAGAAGCUCAGCUGAGCAUAAAUCUGAACAAUGUCAAGUGCAUUGAUGCUAAGGGAUCCCACCUUAACAAAGACAAUCUGCACUUGGAUACUGCGUCUCAGGUUCUAUUGGGUCAGAAGUUGGCUGAUACCUUCCUAUCUUCUUUUAGUCAUUAG